CCUACGGGCAGAUCUGGAGGGCACCUACUUUUUAUCACUACAACCCUGUGCCCAUGGUUGACCACUUGAAUGAGUCGGUGCGGCAUUGCUGCCAGCUGCCACGGUGCCUGUGCUUCCUGCUGCUACUGGGGAUGCUGGUGGUUCUCCUUGUACCCCUGCUCAUCUUCGCUGUCAGGGCCAACAGCAAGGCCUGCACGGAUGGCCUCCAAGCAGAGCAGGAGUGUCAAAACCUCACUCGAUACAUGCAGCACCAGCUGACCCAGGCCCAGGAAGUCUUACACAAGAUGGAGGUCCAGGCCGCCACCUGCAACCAGACGGUGGUGACCCUGAGGGAUUCUCUGAAGAUGGAGCAGGCACGGGUGGCAGAGCUUCAGGGAGAGGUCAAGAUUUUGAAGCAGAAGCUGGAGGACACUUUGGCGGAGGUGCAGCAACUAAGAAGAGGGAGUGAGGCCUCAGCUGAGAACAGCUCUUCUAGCUGCUUGAGCGUCCUGUUCGCUGUGGUCGUUGUCGUGGUCCUCGAGGCUUUGCUGAUCUGAGGUCCCAGAAGGCCGGCCGGCUACAACCUGGACUGGUCCGGUUCCCUCUCUGCUUCCCGCUUUGAGGCUUCCUGACCUGGCCCGUUCUGAGGGGACCACAUGGCAACACGGUU